AAGGGAUAUUCAGGUGUAAAAUAAAUUAAGGGUCAAACACACCGUAACACCGAGCUAGACACCCCCUCAAGAGAUGAAUGUUGCUGACCACCUGCUUCUCUAGUCAUACCAACUUUAGUAACGACCGCAGGAUAGAAAUACACAACGGUCUGAGGAGCCAUGAACAAACCUCAACCAAAACGCCACUAUAGCCACAAAUAAUGCUCAGAACAGCACCUAACUUCAUCAACAGUACAAAUAGGGUCCCAGCCACAGAACUAGCCACCAAACAUCUUUUUAGCUUUGCCUAAUUUCUUUCACAAAGAGACUAUACACAACUCACCUGCACUCUUCCAGCAGCCGCUUGCUUGUCCAUUAAGGACUUCGGCAGGGUGACACAGCUCAAGGAAGAACAUUUAUGAUCAUUUCUUUAUCAUUUCUUAAAAGUAAUAAUCACAUCAAACAUUUUGCACUGCAGACACGGUAGUUCUUCUGUCUUAACGUCUCGGUCUGAUUCCAUUUCCACGAAGAAACUCCACUGCACUCAGUGAUUGACGGAGUGCAGUCGAUCACUGAGCCCCCACGAACAAGUGGCUACUGCAAGAGAGUAGGUGAGUUAUGUUUAGUCCCUUUGCUAAAGAAAUCAGGCAAAGCUGAAAAUAUGUUUGGUGGCUAGUACUAUGGUUGGGACCCUAUAUGUACUGUUGAUGAGAUUAGGUGCUGUUCUGAGCAUUAUUUGUGGGUAUAGAGUGGCGUUUUGUUUUGGUUGAGGUUUGUUUACGGCUCCUCAGACCGCUGUGUGUAGCUAUCGUGCGGUCGUUACUAAAGUUUGUAUAACUCGAGAAGCAAGCGGUCAUCUCUUGGGGGGGUGACUAACUUGGUGUUCCUGUAUGUUUGACCCUAAAUUAAUUUUCCGCCAGAAUAUCCCUUUAAGGCAGGUGAGUGUAGUAUUUAAGCUCUGUCACUACAGAGCCGUACUGAUGAAGUUGAAUUAUACAAGGUCUCCUCUGAGAAAAAGUAUUUUCUGGAUGGCAGCAUUAUGUGGUUUACUCUUUGCAUGGUGAUGUAGCAACAAGCUGUUGCGUCUUGGAGCAAUUUAGGGCCAAAACAGUGAUUUCCACAGAAGAGACAUGUCUGUUUAUGAUGUAGAGCUACUUUAGAACCCUAGAUAAUUAUUUGGAUAUUGCAUUAUUUGCUCCCGCAGUCUGUCACAGUCUGUAGUACAUUCUGAAACAUUCUGAAAACCUUCAAUUUACCAUUUUUACCAUGGAUAAUGGUAAAUGAGAUAGAUAGAUAGAUAGAUAGAUAGAUUAAUAAAGUAUCUGUCUGUUUGUCUGUCUAAUUAACCAUUUUUACCACGGAGCCUGAACGCACCAUUGAUGGGGGACGGCGGGUUCAGCGUUAAAUCCCUCCCCGGAUUUGACAACACGCACGCACCUUGAAUGCUUGUAAACAGAAGCUCACACGUGACACCCAGAGCCGAGUCGCGCGACCGCAUUGUCUGUGAACGGACAAAGAGCGACACAGUCAGCGCUAUCACCGAGCGCGAGCCCCGUCCAGGUUAACGGUCAGGUGCCAUGACAACGGACAUUCUCUGCCCCGACAUGAAGCCGAGGCUCCUCCGUCCGUGUAACCGCCGCGUCCGAGCUAGUUUGACCGUCUAAAGAGCUCCAUGUCCGGACCGCUCGGAGGGGUAACGACGUUAGCUGCGUUUUCACCAGCAGCUCAGCGGGGUAAACAAAGCUGGGCAGCCUUUGUUCCAGCUCUUAAUUUAACUGACCGCCGCAGCUGCACCAAAUCUCACUUUAAAAAGCUAACGUUUAAUGUUAGCUAAUCCUAGUUAGCCGUAGCCGUUAGCAUCGAAGGUUUCCAGGCGAACGUUAAUCUACUUGUCUUGUUUUACUGGCUGGAUGAGAUGUCUUUCACCAUGGAGGAUAACUUAGAGUCCGGAUGGGUUUCCGUCCGGCCGAAAGUCUUCGACGAAAAAGAGAGGCAUAAGUUCGUGUUUAUCGUGGCCUGGAACGACAUCGAGGGAAAGUUCGCCAUAACCUGCCACAACAGAACCGUGCAGAGACGGAGCACUCUGCUGGACCUCGACAGCACCAUACCCGCUGCUGCUCCGGCUGCCCCCGUGGCAGAAACACGCACAAAAAGUCCCCUCAAAACAAAGACGGUUGAAGUCUGUCAGACGGGUAAAGUUAGACCCCACUCUGUGCCCAAAGGAAAAGCCCAAACAAAGCCUGUAAAAGUGUCAAAAACAUCCGAGUGUAUCAGCACCACGCUUGGUUCAUGGGACAUAGUGACACCUAAAGUAUUAGACAUGGAGAUCCUGGAUCCAGUGGAUGUCCUGUUAUCUCCGGAGGAUCCAGACUCAGGAGAGAGUGACAGCAGCGGCCGUGAGGACUUCAGCUGGGCCGGGUUAUUCUCCUUCCACGACCUGCGGGCAGUCCACCUCCAGCUGUGCGCCGUCAACUCCGACCUGGAGCCGUGUCUGCCCUCCUUCCCGGAGGAGCAGUCUGGCGUGUGGACGGUACUUUUCGGAUCAGCCGGGGUGUCUCAGCGGGAGACGGAUGCCCUGUGCUACCAGCUGCAGGUAUACCUGGGUCAUGCUCUGGACACCUGCGGCUGGAAGAUCCUUUCACAGGUGCUUUUCAGUGAAGGAGACGACACGGAGGAGUACUAUGAGAGUCUGAGUGAACUGAGGCAGAAGGGCUAUGAGGAUGCUCUGGAGAGGGCCAAAAAACGCAUGCAAGAGGUAAUUUAAUACUCAAAAUCUAAUUAUUCUAAAACGUGUGUGAUUAAUGUGUUUAAAGGUGCUAGAUCAUGGCAGACUUCCAUUUGAGUAAAGCUUUUGAGACACAUAGCACGGGUUCUGCUUUGUCCAAAUAUGGAAGCCCUAAGUGGACAUGCAACUAUAAAUCCCUGAUGGAACUUGGAAUAAUAAAAAUAACUUUAUUUAUAUAGCACUUUUAAAAACAAAGGUUAAUAUAGUGCUUUGACAUAUAAGUAAGUAAACUUUAUUUGCAUAGCACUUUUCACAGACAAAAGAGUCACAAAGUGCUUCACAUAGACAAAAAAAUAUAUUUUGUGAUUUCGCGGUCUAUAUUCGUGUCGGCCCCGGUGUGAAAGGACCUUAAGUCAUAAUUGUAUGCAAUAACAGAAGAGGUAUAGCCAUACAUUGAGGAAAAAUGAAUUGAAACAUGAUGCUCAUGCUACCCACUGCAGGAAUUUAGGAGGACCUGCUGAGAACUAAGAACCUCAGCUAUUAUACACUGUAAUAGCAGUAUUACCUGGCUGUAACCCCCUUCUCUCAGUCAGCACAGGGCGUUGUGACAUUUUCUCAGCAGAAUCAUUUAAAGUCUUUCAGCCGCUUCCUCUGAAAACGGUGAACCUUCCCUGAAUCACCACAUCACUAUUACCACCAUCAAUGCAUUUUCUGUAACAUCAUUAGACCUCCAAACCAAAUCCCUCAAUGUUCUCUUGAUCUUCUCUCUUCAAUUCUCAUGAUUUGUGCGAGUGACCUCUCUGUCACAUAACAAUGAAGUGCAACGAAGAGAGAGGGAGUGAUUGAGGAGUAAUAUCAACCAGUGAUGAAAGUUAAGAAUGCCAAGCUGAUGCUUGAUUGGUCGUGUAAGUGCUAGAUUCAACAGGAUAGUGUUUGAUUAGUAAUGCCUGAUAAAGACGUAUACAUUGCUAUACUGUCAUGACUGAGGCUGUAACACUGGCCUGUUAUCAAGCAUUCACAGGUCAUUUCAUCAAAGAACGUUUUAUAGAGAAAUGGAAAAAAAAUAGGUUACACUUCAACACUUCUUUGCACUUGCACAAAUGCCCCUGAAUACAUUGUGAGGUUGCACAGAUUAGUGAUAUAUAUGUGACCAAAAUGCUCCAAAUCUCAAGCCCUGGAGUGACCAGCCUGUUGUUGUUGUUUUGUUCCAAAUCACCAGAAAAUGAUCUCAUUAUGAAGAGAAACGAGCUCUAUCUUGAGAUAAUGAGAUACAUUCAUCUGCUAUAAUGAGAAAACCAGCUUAGUGAUUCUGAGAUAAAGAGAUAAAUGAGUCUCAAGAAAACAACCAGAAGGUACUUGUUGAUGGUGGAAAAUGGAGUAAAAAAGAUGUUCAGAUACGUAUCUGCUUAGGGCUUCCAUACGUAAAUGAAGCGACCCCAAUCAAACUGAUAAAUAAACAGAAAAGACAAAAUAAACACCAAAUGGAUGCACACAGCAGAAAAUAUGAGUAAAGCAUAUCCACAACAUGCCAGUCUCAUAUCAGGUUUCCUAUUUUCACAGAGUAGAAUGAUGUAAAUUAACUUUUUCCUUCAUGUUAUCCCAGAUCCUGACACAGAUAAGCACAACUUACUCCUGAGUGUAACAUGUUCCACUAAGUAUACAUCCAUGAAAGAAGCUGUUUCCUCUUUUGUACAAAACCCCAUUCUCUCAGCUCUGGUGCCCUGUGAUCUUCGAGUGCCUUAAAAUAGCUCAACAAGUAGUAAUUGUACUCAGGAUAAUCACAGAAAAUGCACACUUGGACAUGUUUGGUAUUUGGGACCGGCCUCUCAGUAGAAAUAACUUUGGACUUGGAGGGAUUUCUGAACCAAACCGACUACUUAACAUUUCUGCUUCCCAAAUCCAAAGGGGUUGGACAGAGCUAGACUCCCUUAAGUAGUAUAGGAAAGUUCUGGUUUCGGAUCUACAUUUCCAUGACAGAAAAAUUACCCAAACACUAACCCACUGUGGAGUCAGGAUGGGAUCCAGAAGUGUCUGUGCAGUAUAUCUGGCACGUGCACACUUUUCACAGCACUUUUUUUUUAGGGAGGUGUGGGGAAACCACGGGCUGGUGAAGUCCCAAAGAGAAGUAUGUCGAUUUCAGGGCAUAAUUGUACCUCUUGGGAUGUGUUACCACCACAAGAACUUUCUCCAGGGACUGGGGACUUUUGGAGGUUCAGUGUUUCCCACAGAAUGACAGUGAAUUUGUGGUGGUGACUGUGGGACAUCUGAAGAAGAAACAUCUCCAUUGUGAGACGGUUUUCUUUCUUCAUGAACCCGUUUGUUGAUGCCAAAUUUUCCACUUAGUUUUGGUAUUCAUUCAAGAACCACUUACUUUGCUUCCCUUUGGUCCUUUUUUCCACACACACCCACUCCACCACCUUCCUGCUGUACGUUGCCUUUGGCUAUUCCUCUCCAGCUUUUUGUUCAUCUGCAUCUUAUUUUGUGUAGCGCCUUAAUCUCAGACUGGAUGAUGAUCUCUUUUAAAACAGCAGGUGAGCAGUGCCAGGCUUGUGGGGGAAAUGUAGUACCAGGAAGUUCCAGCUUUGUGAAAGUACAGGGACUUUGAGCUUUCAGUUUUUCACAUUUUGGUUUGUAGUGUGCAGGAUGUAGAGGACUGACAGAAAAGCAAGUUUGAGAAAGUAAUUAUAACUCAGUUUAGGAGUUUAGGAGUCAAGGUUACCGGAUAAAGGGAUAUUCCGGCGUUCAAUUAAUUUAGGGUCAAACACACCAUAAUACUGAGUUAGACAUCCCUUUGAGAGAUGAAAGUUGCCGACCGCUUGCAUCUCUAGUUAUACAAACUUUAAUAACGCCUGCACGAUUGCAAUACAGAGAGCCGCAUACUCAACCAAAACUCCACUCUAUAGCCACAAAUAAUGCUCAGAACAGCACCUAACUUCAUCAACAGGGUCCCAGCCGGAGUACUAGCCACCAAACAUCUUUUUAACAUUGCCCAAUUUCUUUUGCAAAAAACUAAACACAACUCACCUACUCUCUUCCAGCAGCCGCUUGUUUGUAGUGAGGCCUCAGGUCAGUCCAUUACGGACUGCUGCGGGGGGAUGCAGCUCAAGGAAGAACAUUUAUGAUCAUUUCUUUAUCAUUUCCUUGAUGUAAUAAUCAUCAUAUUAAUCAUUUUGCACUGCAGACACGGUGGUUCUUCUGCCUUAGCGUCUCGGUCUAAAUGCAUUUCCAUAAAGAAAUUAUCAUAAAUGUUCUUCCUUGGGCUGCGAAACUCCUCUGCACUUAGUGAACGAUUUGUCAGGGCUCCCCCACGAACAAGCGGCUGCUGGAAGAGAGUAGGUGAGUUGUGCUUAGACUCUUUGCUAAAGAAAUCAGGCAAAGAUAAAAAGAUGUUUGAUGUUUAGUGCUAUGGCUGGGAACUGAACUGUUGAUGAAGUUAGGUGCUGUUCUGAGCAUUAUUUGUGGCUUUAGAGUGGCUUUUUCGUUGUUUGUUUAUGGCUCCUUAGACUGCUGUGUAUUGCUAUCGUGUGGUCGUUACUAAAGUUGGUAUAACUAGAGAGGCAAGCGGUCGGCAACAUUCAUCUCUCAAGAAGGUGUCUAACUCUGUGUUACGGUGUGUUUGUUAGGGUGCUAGAGGGAGGAUAAAUGGAAAGGCAUGGUGAGCAAAGUUGCACAAAACUGGGGUCCAAUAACAAUGAUGAUUAUUGGGUGAUUAUCAAUGCAGCAGGGACAUCAUAAAAUAUAUGCAGAGUGACACAAUAGCUACAACAGUGACAAGUGACAUUGUUUAAAACUGGCAUGGGUAUAACCAAUUGUAACCUAUUAAAAAACCACUGUGGGUUUUCACGUUAAAUCAGACUAAUUGGUCCAUAAAAGAGCAGCAAUCAAGGUUUGUGGACGUUGAUAGAAAUGCAAAUAACAACAGAACUUUUAGUACCAUUUUAAAAGAAUUAUUAGGGAUUGAAAGUUCCUGGUACAUUCUAGUGGAAAUGUAGCUGUGGUCUGCUCACUCUCCUCCUCUUCCUUUAUCCUCCCCUCCUCCUCCUCCUCUCCUGUGAUCUACCAUCUGUUGCGGCUGCACGUUCACAGGCCUGAAAUAUGAUCCGGUCCGGCCAGAGACAGCACACUCUAGUUGGCUGAGCGGUCUAAAGGGAGUUACAGAGAAACAGAGGAGAACAAUUAGAGGUGGAGUAAGAGAAACGAUGUGUCACCACAGCUGUUGAGAUUGUUUCAGCGUCGGGCCAGACAGCUGAAGGCAUGUAUUCAACUCAGCGGGCAUGUAUGAAGCGAACAUAAAUUUAACUUCAUUACUGUAGGAAUUGUGCCAAACAUGACGUAUCUGUGCGAGGGGUGCUGCAGAGGCGAGAGUUAAGUCUGGAUCAAAUCACAGUCAAGAUCACCGUCAGUGUAAGCGCUUGAGAAGAGACAAAGCCUGAGGCAGAGUCCUCCACGUCCGCCUCUGUUGUUUUGUUCAGUUGAUUGACACACAAAGCACAAGCAGCUGUGAAAGGGCUCGGCCAAACCAGGAAGAUGAUUAUUUAAUCACAUAAUGUCUAAUUCUUGUCUUUGAAGGAAAUGGAGAGCGUUUUGGUUGAUGGGACAUAGAUCAGCUCAUAGAUAUGUCCAGAUUUAGGCCAUAACUGGUAGAUUUGUAGACGACUGUAUUGAGUUAUUCUUUUAAAUGAAAAUAAAACCGUAUGUAUUAAAGCAAAUACAAAUAUACAAGUAGUAUUAUGAUCAAACUGCUCCACUGAUAGUGUUACAUUUGAUAGACAAAACUGUAACUGGAGAGAAUAAUCAGCUCACUGGACCUUAGACCCCUCACAGCUCUGCAAUAACACUCACUACUCUGAGGGCGAGACCACAGAUUGGGAUUAAAAUAUUAUGGGAUUAGAGGAAAGUUUAAGGAGGAGAGAAAUACUCAGAGAUACUUUAUGGCUUCAAACCCCCUACACAUUAGAGCAACACCUCUGUAGUGAACCUCAGAUGUGGGACACGCAUGAGUCAGUCGUCAACUGUGUUUUUAUGUUUUUAACUUCAACACGACGUUAAACAAAAUCAGGCGAACAGCUCGUCUGCAGUAAACCUCACAUUUUACAAGCUCGUGGUUAUAUUUUAAUGAAUUUACAGGGCGCUUUGUAGCGAUUCAUGGGUGACGAGAACACAAAAUGUGUUAAAAUGAUUGAACAUUAACCCAACAGUAAUAAGGGCUGCAUGCAGUUAAACAACAGCAGCACUGAGUCUUUGUGACACUCACUGUAACACUUUCAUGUAAGCUCAUGAAAUAGAUGCAUCAGCACUGUUGACUGUUUAUUAAUUGUUAUGCUUUGAUAACAGUAAGGAGUAAAAGUAAAUUACAUCAGAUAAAGGAAGAGAACAACACUGUUUCCCACCGUGAUAUCAUCUGGAUGACAGGAUAACAUUUUAGCUCAGUGUGUGUACAUCAAUCAAUUAGUCUUUAUUUAUAUAGCACUUUUCAUACACGACCAUGUAGCACAAAGUGCUUUACACAGAAAAAGAGAUAAAAGAAACAAAGAAUAUCCAAAUAUACCCCAACCCAACCCCUCAUCCCCACCCACCGAUCAAAACGCAACAUAAACAGUAUUAAAAUGCAUUAACUUGAAAAGGGCUUGAAUUAGUGGAAACAGGAGUGUGCGCACUGAGGAAACGCCAUUUUAAAACUCAUGAUAAGGAAACACUGGAGGUUUAGGUUAAAAUCUAAAAACAAAGUAACACAGAAUGAAAUUUAAGAAAUAUCAAAUAAAAUGAAAUAAAAAGAACAGUAAUAGAUACUAAAAUAAGAGCACCAAAAUUGCUCAAUAAAGGCAAUCCUGUCAUUAAAACUAGAAGCGAUAAAUGCUAAAACGCUUAAAGUUAAUGAUAUAAAAUUUAGUUCAAAGCAAGACUCAAAAGGUACGUUCUGAGUUUGGUUUUAAAGUCAUCAAGAUUAGGUGCAGUUCUCAGGUCUUCAGGUAAACUGUUCCAUAGAUAUGAUACAGUCAGGGGAAAGCAGAUGUUCAUUAUCAUGUGUCACCUUUUAACACAGAAUUAUUUUUAGCUAAACAACACCUGCACAUGCUGCCAACCUGCUGUUUGCUUUUCAGCAUGAGACGGUAUAGACUGAAGGAUUCCCAGCUGCACGCCUUACGAAGUGUCAGCUCUGCUCUGUUUAUAGGAGAGAGCUGGUGUUCCCUUUUUAAACUGAUUUAGCUUUGUAUAGCUCCGAGAGAGUAUUCAUUCAUUCAUUCAUUCAGAGAGGUUUUACAGAAGAGUGUCUGCUCUGAUCACAGUGGAGGAGCGUUCUUCCUGUGAGACGCUUCAAUUAAAAAGCAGAGUGAGAGAGAAGUCCUCCAGCCAGACUGAGCACAUUUAGAACCGACAAACUGGAAGAGUUAGUCCUGAUGAUAGGGCUGGAGCAGCUAUGCUAUAGCUCAUAUCACUCAGAGCGUCCUGUAAUUAUACAGGCAAGUGCACACUGGAGUGCUUUCUGGAGAGGUAUCAGCAUAGAAAUAUCUUUAGGUCGGGACUCUGAAGUCAAAGUCACAGGAAGUUCUCUGGUUCAGGCAUUUUUCUGGUUAUAAAUCAGGAUGUCAUGAAAUUUUCAAACACUCACUUCUUCAUGAGUAUGAAUAUCACACUGUUUGUUAUUUGGCUUCAUUGAAGACCUGGUAACCCUGCUGUCUUUGUAAGUGUCGGCUCAUCGGCUCUAGCGCACCAUGCAGCCGCAAGCCGUCCACUGUUUUGCAUUUCAUUAUUAAGAAGUUUGUUUAUGUAAGAAUAAUACCGAGGAAAAGAUAAGUCUGCACAAAGUUUUAUGAUGAUAAACUAUGCAGCAGUGGCAAAGCGUGUCCUGUUUGUCGCUUCUUUUAUUUUGUUGCGUUGUCCUCCAGCGUGACGUGUGCUUUUAGAAAAAGAUAUUCAGUCUGCUGUCAGAAAACUCUGUGUUACAUCGAAGGUUUGGAUUGAUAAGAUGCCUCACAGACCAGGCUGAUCAGCCUGAGGGUUUCCCUGACCAGCAGUGACUGCAGGGGCAAAGAGUCGGUGUGCCUGGCCAGUGGUUGCCACGGAGACACAGGCUCAAGGUAAACAGUAGGAGCAGUGUUUUCGAGCUGAAUCGUGCAGUGUCUUCCCCGUUCCCCAACGUGGAGGGCUGAGGAAAAAUCAGCCUGGAGCUAAUAUAAGAGUCUCUAUUCAUAUCUGUAGCUGCUCGCAGAGAAGAGCACUUUAUUCAGCACUUUGGAUGAAGAUUGGAUGGCUGAACUUUUCAAUAUUAUCCAAAGCAGGAGUGAAGGACGAGUAUUGUAGCAUUUGAAUUGGAGAUGCUGGUUUCAGAGAGCUGGGAGAUGAAUUGUAUUUGUGUGUACAAUAGCUGUUUUGACAGGGUGUAUCUGCUGAACAAUGAGGAGUCUGUGCACGGCUGGACAUAUGGUGUGAAUCAGCAACUGUUGGAGCAACUUUCCUCUCUUUGUACUACACUACAGAACCAUAGAUUUUAUGGUAUCAUUCCUGACCACACACACACUCUCACACACUCUUACUCCUGCUUUCGUAACUUAGGCUUGUUAUUUCCCCCCUCAGCUUUGAAAGAGCUUUUGUUUGGGACUCAUUGUUACCAUGAAUUAGUCAGAAUUAGACCCAAUUCAGUUGUUCAGGAAUUCCAAAGAAUUAAGCAAAGCUCGCUUCACACACGAUUAACACCUUUUUACCUGGGCUAUGUUUGUUCUUCCCUCUGCGAAGGCUUUAAAAGAAAUGUCUUUCCAUUCAUCCAACUAAUCCAUAUUGUGUUAUAUAUAUGUAGACUUGUAUUGGUUUGGGAUAUAAUGGAAUCAAAAUCAGUUAAAGAUAUAUUCCGGCAUAAAAUUAAUUAAGGGUCAAACACACCGUAACACAGAGUUUGACACCCCCUCAAGAGGUCAAUGUUGCCGACCACUUGCUUUUCUAGUUAUAUCAACUUUAGUAACGACCGCACGAUAGCAAUACACAGCGGUCUAAUGAGCCAUAAACAAACCUCAACCAAAACACCACUCUAUAGCCACAAAUAAUCCUCAGAACAGCACCUAACUUCAUCAACAGGGUCCCAGCCGGAGUACUAGCCACCAAACAUCUUUUUAACUUUGCCUGAUUUCUUUAGCAAAGAGACGAAACACAACUCACCUACUCUCCUCCAGCGGCUGCUUGUUUGUAGCAAAACCUAUGGCUGGGACCCUAUAUGUACUGUUGAUGAAGUUAGGUGCUGUUCUGAGCAUUAUUUGUGGCUAUAGAGUGGCUUUUUGGUUGAGGUUUGUUUAUGGCUCCUCAGACUGCUGUGUAUUGCUAUGGUGCGGUCAUCUCUGAAGUUGGUUUCAACUAGAGAAGCAAGCGGUCGGCAACUUUCAUCUCUUGAUUGGGUGUCUAACUCACUGUUAUGGUGUGUUUGACCCAAGAAUUAUUUUAUGCCGGAAUAUCCCUUUAAUGUAUUACAUUCACAGUCCAGUUACGCCGCACAGUUCGGCCAAUUAGUGUUGUUGGCAGAGCAUCGGUGAGGCAAAGUGACGCAGAGCCAGAUUAGCGAACUUUCCAAAUGAUUAAUUUUAUCUUCUGUCUGUAAAAUCAAAUGCUGAUACAGAUAAUAGAUCAAACAUCAACGUUGCUAAGAGACUAGAAACACUUUGCACUUCUAUAUAAUGAGACCUUUGGAUUCUCCAUUAAACUCCUGCACAUGCUUUCAAAAUACAUUCUCUGGCGAUGUUUCUCUCCGUUUGACCAUCAGGCAAAGCCAUAACUUGAAUUAAUAAAAGGUGCUGAUGACUCAUCCUGCCAUUGGGGGUGUUUUUGUAUCCAAUGAAUCACUUCAUCAAAUUUUAAUAGCCUAUUCUGGGAAAAAUCGAGCCUAAAAGCGAGCUAGCAGGGAUUGUUUGCUAUUAUGUGUUUGUUUAAAUGUUUCAUGUCCACGACUGGCUCCUACAAAUACAAAAUCACCAGCCCCACUCAAACCUGGGCUAACUUCCUGUUUUUCGGGGAACACUAAAGAUUUGUCUCUCCACCAGCGGCGUGGGUACUGAGCGCCUCAGAGUUUUUGUGGCGAAUUGGAAGGACACAUUAGUUUUUGCUCUUUAAUGGGAUCUGUGGAUGAUAACAAAACCGUUUUCUUGUACCAGCGUUGUCCUUUCAUGUUGAAAUGAAAAACAUUGCACCCUGAGGUUCUGUAUCAGCUCUAGUUCCCCUGCUCCAUCUUUUCUCUGCAUGUUUCCUCCCAGGUUUUGGACAAGCACAGAGCCAUGGACAGCAUGGUGGAGCUGCUGCAGGUGUACCCUGAGGAGGACGAGGCGUAUGGAGAGCUGCUGGAGGCGACGACUCAGCUUUACCACUACCUGCUCCAGCCUUUCAGGGACAUGAGGGAACUAGCAAUGCUGCGCAGGCAGCAGAUUAAGGUAAUACACACAGACAGAUACACACACCGAUACGAGUACCAUCUGUUUAAGGGUUUGAUUUAAAGUGGUUUGGAUCACACUGGAGACGGCGAGCUGGUCUGUCCUGGAACAUAUUUGUACUCCAGCAACCAUUUUUCAGGUCUGAGGUUUUGAAAUGCCAAGGUUAAGACUGGGAAACCAGCCUUGGACCACUUCAUGGCGAUGUCCUCGAAUGAGCCCAUGCUCCUUAAGCCCUCUGUAAUGACAUUAGCAUUUGUUACUGAGGGUACAUGUGAUGAUGCUGGUGUGGUAGCCUGUCUGUGCUUCCCUUCAGCUUUGCAUCCGGGAGGUUGUGGAGGGCAGAGGAUCAGGCAGAGAGGCUUUUCCCCCCCGCCCAGAUCGGCUUAACAACCAGCAUAAGUAUUAUUACAGCGCCCACUAAACCACUCAGUGAUUCUGCAGCCUCAGCACACUCCUCUGUUUUCCAUUCUUCCUCCUCUACUGCCUUUCUUUUCAUUCAAGGCUGGGAAAGAGAAGUGAGCUGCAGGUUAAUCUUUACUGUCUCAUGGCCUUCAGACGUGCCUGUUGGGGUCAGUAGGUCAGAGCUCUUUACACACCUGAAGAGAUAACUUAGCCAACAGACAACAGAAGUAGGAUAAAGUUGACAACCUGAGAGAAUAUCUGAUGAAGGUAAAAAUAUUCACCAUAACCAAGGGCAGCUGUGGUUCAGUCCAUGGAGUCAAUUGUCUACGUUUCCAGAUCUGUCCAUGUGCUGAAGUGCCCUUGGCCAAGACACUUGACCCCGCCUGCCCCUGCUGGCUCUGCCCGGUUGUUCUCGUAUGUAUGUGGCUUUGGAUAAAAGCGUCUGCUAAAUGACUUUCUUAAAUUGUAAAGUUGGCAGCAAGUAAUUUUGACGCCAUAUUGGCUCUUUUAUUAAAUCUAAUCUGAAACUACUGAGUCUGUAAACACCAGACUCUAAUACUUUAAUCAAACACUCGAUUUUUAUGUAUAAAAUGCCACAUUGUGACAAAAGUUGUCACACACAGAGCAAGUGUAGACUGUUGUUGUCUUUGUUAUUUACAGAGACCCAACUCUAAUCCACCAUCACUCUAAUCUACUCUUAAUUGGCUGUUAUCUAAGACUUUUCCCCCUCACCGCCUAACUGUUAAGUAGACUCAGAAUCAGUGAUUCAUGGGAUGAUUCCUGUCCCUAUUGUAGAUGUUUUUAAUCAUUAAAUGUAUCUAUUUUAAUUUAAACUGAUAUAAUUUUACCCUAAAUCCUCAAAUAUAAACCAGAGCCUUUAUUCACUCUCACUGCAGAAAGUACAGGGUCUUAAUAUGAUGAAGGUUUAUAUCAAAUUCUUUCCAUCUGAGAAGUAUAGUUGUUCAUUUUUCAGUAACUGAGAAUCUGACUGUGCAGCUUUUACCUGCUAAACCUGUCCAGAGUGCACACAAAGGGUUAAAUGCACCACAAACGGCGCUCCGCAAAUAGCAUCCCUGUGCCCCAGUGAUGUUUGCAUACAUUUAAAUGAACCAUUAUGCAUUCAUUUGGAGUAAACGUGCCCCUUUCCAUGCAAAGGGCCCUCGACACAAAGACAACAAGAACACAUUCACAAACAGCGGUGUUCAAGAGCCACGUGCAGUUCAGAGGGAGACUUCACUGUCUGCUGAGAGUUGGUGGUGAUGGGGGAGGGGUUUAAGACUCUUGAGUGAUUAUGACAAUGAUUACAUGUCUGGAUGACAUUUAAAUAAAAUAUCUGUAAAUAAAGUCUGUCAGUAUCACUAUAAAAUGUUUUACAAUGAUCAGGGGUUAAAUCAGUCCACAGCUUAACCGCCUCACACACAGGCUGUGCCUCUAAGAACAACAGAGUUUUUUUUUCUCUUAAUGAGCUGCUUUUGUUUUCUCCAGAGAACGAAUAUCUGGCUACUAUCUGUGAAAAUCAGUAUAAGGGGCCCAGCUAAAAAUGAGAUUCUGAACUGUAUGGGAGGAUUUAUAAUACAUCCAUCAAAGUCGAGAGGAGUUAAGAGCAAGCUUCCUCUCCAGAGAUUUUCGAUCAGUUUAGGGACUGUAAAUAUAGUGACCUUGUAAGUCGAAAGAAAAGGAUUCUUGACACAGCCCCCCUCAUACAGGGGUGUCCUUCCCACAUAACUGCAGGAGUUUCCAGAUCUCUGUGUGAGGGUAAGGUGGAGUCCAGUCCAGCUGGUCUAAGAAAAUAAAAAGGACAAAGUAGGGAGGCUGAAGAGAGGCAGCAGUUAGAGUGGCGUGUGCAAAGCUCUGCCAAAGUCUGUGUCUUGUUAUCCGGCGUUGUGCAGUAAUCGAGUAUUGAACUACACUAAAGUGAGCCCACUGUCUGAUCAUGUUGUGUGAUGUUCAGAGCUCUUUGAAUCAGACACAUGCUGUUUCCAUCUCUUUCUCUGUCUUACCUUCUCUGUGAUAGACUCUCAGCUGUUCACCCUCUGUUGCGCUGUGAGUACUCUCUCUCUUUUCUCUAAACUGCAUUCCUCCUCACGCAGCAUGCUCAUCCAGCAUCAUGUCACUAACCAACACAAGCGGCCGUGUGGGUGUGUUUAUGAGUGUGCAUUAUGAUGGUAUUUGGGUUCUUGGGCGUAGUGCAGAUCUAAAUUAAGACGUGUCAUAGAAGUUUAUGGAUGUUUUUUUCUAUUAAAGGAUCAGGCCGGUAAACUUUGAAUGUUUUGUCAUUGUCAACAAAUCGCACAAUGAUACUGGGACUUAAUCUUAGGAGCAGUAGAGCAAAAAAACUCAUAAAAAACACACUGAUGAGCAGCUUUUUUUACACUGGCUGACAUGUUCCUCCAUCAGCAUCAAUGCACAUGUUGACUUAAUCACACAUACAUCAUCCUGCUGCAGUAAAUACUCUCUAAACUACUACAUGGUUAAUCCACAGCUAAAAAUAGUCUCUACCAAAUGCAGAAUUCACUGAUGUUUGGGUGAAAUCUGCUAUAAAACCAGUGUCCAGCUGCUUGCAGUUAUUUUUUUUACCCUUUUUAAAGAAUCAAACUCAGUACCUCUGACCUCCUUCUAAAGAUUCAGCCAAACAGAUCUCUGUUAAUACAGCAGAAUGAGAAAAUGAAGAUAAAUGUAAGAUGCUGACUUCAAUCACUGCAGUAACAGGAGGGACAAACUGAAGAACGUGUCUCUGAUCGCCUGCAGAGCAUGUAGUAAAUACUGUUGGUAACAUUUACACAGGAGAUUCAGUGUGGGGGAAAUAGUGAUCUAACCAAGAGGGGAAAAAAACAGUAAAUAUAGGUGUCAUCUACAUGUGCCCCUGUCGAUGCAAAUGAGUCUUUUGUGGAUCAGCUGUGGGAGGUGCUGCAUGAUGGAAUACAAACUAAAAGGGUUUUGCACUAGUCCCAAAUCCUCAGACAGUGUCAAGAACCAUUUUUAGACUGAACCAUUGGCACAUCCUGAUUUACAAGGCUAUACUUGGCUGUCUUCCACACAUACUUGUGUAAUUGUAUUCAUGUUAAAAGUUCUGGAAGCUGAAGCCUUCGUUCUGUGACUCAGACACAAAAUCUGCUUUUGCUAUCUGUCCCCAAAGUUCAUCUUGAAAUGGGCAAAAUGAGUUUAAGAUAUGCUGCUCCUGCAGACUGGAAUCUGCUACAAGAAAAACUGUGUCAUUGAGAGCUGGUCUCUUUAAAUCUUUUUAAACGUAGAUUAAAGGCCCUAGAGGAAGAUGAAGCAGGCUGUAAGUGCUUUGACUGAAAAUGUUCUGCUCUGCGACCUUGACUUAUCUGGUUGUUAUGUCUGUCUGUAACUUUGUAAAUGUACUGCUGCCUGUCUCGGCCAGGACACUCGUGCAAAUGAGAUUUUUAAUCUCAGUGAGGUUUUUGUUUUCUGGUUAAAUAAAGUUUCAUUCAAGUCUCCUGUCUGUGGGGGGUGAGUCUUAAUCUAAUCUCCCUGUCAUUUUUGUUCUGCUUAAAGGGACUUGAGUCCAAGUCUCAAACUUGAGUCUCCACUGCAGUCUGGACAGUUUGAAGUGGUUUCACAGCGUCCUCUCACCAGAAGCUAAAGGUCAGGAAGUUUAACCUCUUGGAGUUCAAUGUUUAUCUGUGACUUUAGAGGGGAAAGAACCUGGAAACUGCCCGUGUGAUCUUUGAUAUUGCCUUCUUUUUAAAGCUGAAUAGAGCCUAAAUGAGGAGUCAUGUGUUUUUCCACAAGACUUGAGGUGUUCAGGCGUCCCUAUCAUUCAUCCAGUUUAAUUCUGACACGCUUCAUGAAGCUUUCUGAGAAUCUGAAGUUGGUUUAACGCCAAAGAUUCAACCCUACCACCUGCUGCCCUCAGGCCGAUCCAACGGCCGAAAACAAAGCUGUAUGCAAAUGAUGGCGAGAUGUCUGCAGAGGAGGCGGGUUUCUCCAAAAGUGCUGAGUCAGGCCAUCACAUAGGCUCUCUCUUUUCUAUGAUAAAAGGAAAAGGAACCAGGAGACAGAAUACCGUUAUUUACAAACAGUUGGUAUCAUCUCACGACAGGAAGGUGACGUGAAAAGGCUUUGGCAGCUGAGUAUCAGUUUACUGCUAGAAUUUCAAACAGUCCCGACUUCAUCUGCAAGUGUGACUGACACGCCUGAGGCUGUGAAGCUGCUACAGAGCUUCAAGCUGAAAGGCCAGACCAUUUUAGUGAGCCAGAAUGAAGAUUCAAGAGGACUGUUGUGUGGAAAACAAAGAUUACUGUGGGGAAAUGAAGGGAAAGGUAUCCACCAGCUGAGUUUUGUAGGAAGUGUUUAAUCAAAUGAUUCAUUUUCAAAACAAAGAUUUCUUUUUUUCCUUAAAUGUAGAACUUUAUUCCAGUGUUAACCCACAGGAAGUCUUUAACAACCCGCUGAGCAAUAGACAGCUAUUAGACGUCUAGUUUUUUUUUAGACUUAAUUUCAACCAUCUAGAUUCUGUGUAUUUUAAGAAGAAAUUUAGAAGUCGCACUUUAACCCAUUAUCUGAUAAAUAUCUAUGUCAAAAAGCAACAGUGAGUUGCAUAACUGAUCUCCAAGUACUUAACCAAAAUAAUUAUGAUAGCUGUUGAGCAAUUUACAGUGUAGUAAAGAUAUAGCAUAGAUAUCGACUUGGUCUUAACUUGGUCUAAAUUUAGACAUCUAAAAAACUUUCAUUUUUAGACCUGUAGUAGCCUGAUUUUAAACCACUCGUCUGGGCUACAUUUAGAUGUCUGUUGAACCUCUUUUAGACCAAGAAAUGCUCAGCUGGAAUUGGCUUUAUGUUUGAACUUUAAUGUAUAAGAGAGGAGGAGGGAUUUUGGGAGUGAAGUCUUCCUAACCUUUAAGAUACUCAGCUUCCUGUUGCGUACAACAGAUGACUAAGAGAGUUUACACCGAUGAAAUGUGAGAUGAUAUGAUCUUUAGUAUUUGGCUUUUUGGUUUGAAAUCCUAUCAUGACUUGACUUGUCAUGACUGCGUCUCUAUCCCCUGAACUGUGGACAUCUUCUGAGCGGUGAGCAGGUGGAGCAGUGAAUGAACGCUCACCUGAAUUAAUCAACAACAAAAGGCGCUGAGUGUCUCGGUGAAUGCUGCAUUGUCAGCUGCAUUGUUGCAUGCAGAAGUGUGCAGAGCAGGUGUCCUGUUGCCCGGAGGUCAGAGGGCAGCCAUGAAUUAAAGAUGCGGUUCCUCUGUAAUGUGUCUGAGAUACUUUUGUACCGACUCGAGCUCCAGUUUCUGUUUCACAUCGAAUAUAUCAUUACGUAGCAACAGUCGUCAUGGCGAUCCUCUUAAGCACCUGCUGUGUUUACCUCCAGCUGUGAUGCAAAUUUUACACAAAUGUUGAAAAAUGACUUAGCUUGAAUCCAAAGGUGGAAGUUCAGUGACUCAAACGGAGGUAAAUGGAGAUCCAGGAUGUUGAUUUGUAUCAGAUAAUCUCUGCUUUUAGGAUAAAAGACAUUCAGGCUGCAGCGAAUAAUAACUUUGUUUUGUCUCCUGUGAGGAUUUUUUUGAUGUCAUGGAAAAGUCUGAAAUUCAUAUAAAUGCUUUUUUGUGAUUUUAGAAAAAAGAUCAUCAUCUCAAGACGACAUCUUCAAACGUCCAGAUUUGUCUAAAUCUCAAAUAUGUCCGGUUUUCCGUCAUAAAUAAUUAUAAAAUACUGAAAAUAUACAGACCCGAGGAGCCUGAGUUAGAAGACUGGAGUAAUUUUUUUUUGGAAAAGCUUUUAAACCUUUAAAGCUGCAGUGAGGAACUUUUGGGUAGGGUGACAAUAUUCUGAAUCCUCAUAAAGAGGACACAACUAUGCGUGGGCGGAGUCACAGAAUUGUGCGUAGUUAAUUUUAAGAGUUUUUCGGGUCAGGUCGAGGGUUUUUUUGCACGCUCCUAACUCAGUAUGUCCACGCUACACAAACUCAAAACUUCCAUACAAAACCCUGGACAUUUGAAGGACUUUAUCAACUCCCCUAGACAAGGCCGGACAGCCCCCAAAAAAGAGGACAUGUCAGGGUAAAAGAAGUUGACAAUCACCCUACUUUUGGGUAUUUUUGUUUUUGAUGCCUCACGUGGACAAAGAUGUACAUCUUAUCAUUAUACCGAUCUUGUCCUCUGAACGCCAAAGCAGUAUAUGUAACCUUGAUAAAAUAGCCAUAUGUGUCAGCAGGCAAUUCAGUCUCACUCAAGGCAUUUAUCUAAUGCAAACACAGUUAACGCCGUGUUUUUAGCCCUGAUCAGGCUUCAUUGAUAAGAGGUGGAGGAAAGGCAGAUCCAGAUGUUGGCUAUGAUUCACAGCUGAUACCUUUAUCAACUGUCCUAAGUAGCCUGUGAGAGAGGACUGGUGUAUCAGGGGUUUAAGCUGAUUAUUUGACUGUCUUGAAAAACAAAUCUUAAAAAUAUUAAAUUCAUUCCAAAAAAAAUGCAAAGAUAUUUUUUUUCUCAGUGCCACUCAGCUAGGAGAAAGAGGAGCUUCACUGGGGUGCGACUGUUAGCUGCUGAGAGUUCACCCUAAUGUUGUUUUUCUUGAAUGUAACCUUUAAAGAAGAUAACCCGAGUUUAAUCCGUCCCUCCUCCUCCUCCUCCACAGACUGACUGUCUGGUAUCUGACUCUGUGUCACUCACUAAAAGACCUUUUAGUUGCUAUUUUAACCAAAUGAGAUAAUCCGGCUGUAAUUCAAGCACCCGCCAUGAGAGCUGGCGUCACUUCUAUCUUCAGGGAGUCAAACACGUCUGUGUUUUGUCACCAGCAGCUGUUGUCCAGAGGUGUUAAAGGAGGUCACUCACAACCACAGCUCCCCCCGCUGCUGCAUCCUCUCUGCUGUUAGAGCGGAGUGUCAGCUGACUCACUGAAGAUCAACACAUAAUAGGUGUGAAAACAGUUUCAUCAGGUUAUUUAUGAGACAACGAUUAGCUCAGGAACUCAGUGACACCAGGUGUGGGUGAAGUAAGCUGGUAUCAGACACCUCUUUUACAGUCUUCAAUCAAACCAAGAGGAUAAAGAGCUGGACCUUUGUUUAUUACCUGUCUGCUCACAAGUCUGUCACUGGAUUUUCAUUCACUAAAACAGAAAGUAGAACAGUUAAUAGACUGAUCUGAUAUCAGGAGGAGGUUGAUGUCAGCGAUGCUUCAAAAACAGCUCUUUUCACUGUUAAUGCGUUAAAACAGCAGGCAGUCAGUAUCUGCUGCUACAGGCUCUCAAAGGUAAAUAUUGACAUUUCUGCUGUUUUGAUCGGCAGGCGAGAUGAUGCUUAAAUUACGCUCACACAUAGAGCACAAUUAAACACUGAGAUGAUGUAAUCUCAUUCACCAAAGAUUCAAGUGAAUGGCAGAUUUUCACACAUUCAUUUAAAAACCGGUUAUUGUUGGUGCUGCAGCAGGUCACAAAUCUAAAAAAACUCUGAUAUUUAAUUGUUAAUUUUUCAACAGCGAUAACAAAUCAAAAUGCAUCUCAGUGAAUCUUCAUCAUGUAUCAUAACCUCAGAUUUCUUCCCUAUGUUCAUAUUAAUCCACUUCUAAUAAUCAUGAUAAUUUAAGCAGAUAAAUCUGAUCUGCUUUUUCAUUUAGAGAGUGCUUUGUAAAACAGACUGAUAUUAAAAACAGCAGAUUUGUUUCCUCCAUCAGAGAAUCAAAAACGUCGAAGAGAAAGUGGAAAGCCCUCUGAGGACAACAAGUUUGCUGUAAUCUACAGAUGUCUUUUUUUUGUUUUCUAAUCUGGUCUCUCAUAUGAGCUUUGAGUAUUAAAUAUGUGACACACAUACACUGUUCAUCCGCAGAGAGACACACAGAGAGAGAGAGUGUGUUUAGGACUACAUCUCCAGUUUUUGGACUGAUGACAGAGCUGUAUAACAGAUCUUGUCUGGCUGAGGUUACACCUACAGACUGUGACAGGCUGGUUCUGCAGCUGUAAAGCUGAUACCUUCCUCCCUCAAAUACUGCAGCGUUAAAAUAGUCCGUCUUCUCAUUAGUGGUCUUUUCCAUUUCAGUCUAUUUCAUCCUGAUAAAAACUCCUGUUAAAGUCCGCCAUGACUUUCAUAAGACUGAAUUGUCUUCUUGUUUGUUCAGCACAUACACCUACUGUCUUCUCUUUAACAAUACGGCACAGGAACUAAGCAGCACUGCACCCUGACUUUACAUCUUUCUAGGGCUGGGCGAUAAAACGAUAAUGAUAUAUAUCGAAAAUGAAUUCCCCUCAAUAUCAAUAUGAAACAUGGUCAAUAUGCUUUUCGAUAGCCAACAUUCCGCCAUGUUUUGGUUGACUAUACGAAUAACCAAUGAAAAGGAGAGUUGUUUCAGGUCCGCGCUGCGCUGAACCGAUCACAUCGCUUUCUGUAGUGCAAUGUCUUGCGACAAAACUUCUAAGGGACACAAAGACCUCACAGAUGCAGUAAAUUUUUGCAAUUUCUAAAAGACAUGCUACCAAUAAGUACUGUUAAAUUUCAUUUAAUAGUAACAGGGAACAUUUAAGUUUGACAAGUGAUUUUUUUAUAUUGUGAUAUUUAUCGAUAUCGACUGAUGUGGAAAAAAUAUAUCGUGAUAAACUUUUUCCUAUAUCGCCCAGCCCUACAUCUUCCCCAUUGAUCCAAGGACCACAUGUGACCUGGACUGUGGGGGUCGAUUUGCUUCUGCUUUCCUUUUCUUUUCUCAAACUUAAUUUUGAAAUCUCACCAGAUCAUCUUCAUAAGAUCGCUGCCAAGAUGUUAAUGACUUAAAUCUGAAAUAAUGGAGGAUGCAGUGACCUUUCUUUAGGGGUCACCUGCUAUGGGUUUUUCAUGACAGUCUGCACUUUUGAUAAAUCAGCUGUUUACAGGUAAAACACGAGACUCUUGACUCAUAAAGGAGCGUAUUGUGGGGCCAAAUCAGACUCAGCAGACAGUUUUCUGAGCGGGUACAGUCUCAUGUUUCGAGCAUUAGCAGAAACAAAAACAAGAGCAGACCUAGAAAAACAUUUCAGCUGAGGUGAGGAUGAUGAUGAUGCUCCUGUUUUGCAUAAAACCAGUCCAACAGACUGACAAUCACAGAGCUGCAGACUCUAACGCAGAGAUGUUUGGCUGAAGUUUUUUUAGAGUCACAGAGGUCAGCCUCAACAACAGCAGAUGUUCUGACAGUCUGACUUGUCACCACGUCGUCUGACUGAUGUGCAGCAGCGGGACGCUCUUCUCGACCAUUUGUUGCUCCGUGGGUGUUCAGCUUUGAAUCCUGCUCCGUUUUCACAUGUAGGUGCAGGUUUUUCACUCCUUCUGAGCUGGAUCUUGUGUUUUCUUUAAUUCCUGCUCGUUUCUGUCACACUUAUCCUCUCUGGCGUCUGACGUAAUCCCUCCUCCCUUGCUCGCUCCCGGUUUCACCCUCAAAACCACUCCCUGUUCCCGUCCCUCACGUGCAGACACACAAACCCUCUCUUACUGUAACUCACAGACACAAUACAUCACUUCUAGCAUGCAGGCUAACAUAAAUCACUGCCUUUGAGGUUUGUCUGUAAUUGCUAUGCUCUUGUUUAUUUUUGAGCACCUACACACAUCUGUUUCACAUCCAGAUAUUAAUAAGACUGUGUGUGUGAGCGAGCGCGGCCCUGCUGGAAGUCAAUGUGUGUGUACAUUUUGUUCCAUGUGGUCUCCUCUCUGUGGAGGAGGAGGAGUAGGAGGGGGGUCGGGGGGUUCAGACUCCACGUGGCAGAGCUUUUUCCCUCUUUCUCACUAUUUUUCACAUGGCCUGACACGGGCUGGUGAACUGUGAAAACCCUUUAUGAGUGACUUUGUGCCUCGUCAUAAAAAAAAAACCCUCUCUAAAGUGAGCUUAGGUUUCUCCUGUUUGGUCGUAAAAAGGUCUUUUUCUGUCUUUAUUGUUCCAGCAGCUCAGUAGGACACUGGGUUAGUGUCACUCUAAACAUAAACACGCACUGACAUGCCUUUGGUCACCACUUUAGAAUCACUUUUACCACCAUCUGCUGGGUGACUCUGGUAUUACAGAGCGGCUUGUCUGCCUCUGGGGGUUUAAAAUUGAGUGAAGAUUCAGCAGGAGUAAAAGGUGCACUUUAAAACAGUAGGAGGUGUUAUUAUAGAAGCAGGAAAGUUAGGCUAGAGCAGUGGUUCUCAAGUCUAGUCCUCGAGUCCCACCGUCUUGCAUGUUUUGGAUGUUACCCUGCUCCAACACACCUGAUUCAAAUGAUCAGCUCGUUAUUAAGUCAUUUCAGAGCUUGAUAACGAGCUGAUCAUUUGAAUCAGGUGUGGUGGAGCAGGGAAACAUCCAAAAUGUGCAGGACGGGGGGGAGCUCGAGGACUGGACUUGAGAACCACUGGGCUAGACUCAGAGCCGGCCCAAGCCUCAAUAGGGCCCUAAGCAAAAUUUGAUUUUGGGGCCCUCUAUAUCUGCCAAUAAUAUUGAUUGUUGAUCAUUCACACACCUUCACAAAUCUCUUUAAUUUACAUUCCAUGAAAUGCAAACAUACCUUUAUCUUGGCGUUUUUUCUCUUCUUCCUCUUUCUUUUCUCUGCACCUGAAGGAUAUGUCCUUUUUUGCGACAUUGUUUUGCCCCACGACUACCUGCUCUUUAGAUGCUCAGUGCAAAUUAUACAGCAGAAGACACAUAACGGUAACAGAGCUUUGACAUAUCGGCAGUAAGAAUCAUAGGCCUACAUCAGCAGCAGCACUAAAAUCUUUUUACUUUAUUUUAUUUUUACAAUAAUGUAUAUUUGAUCAUACAGAAAGCAUCACUCAUACAUGCAAAAAAAAAAUAAAUAAAUAAAUUUUUUGAUUGCUCUUGGGGGGUCCCCUCCCGGCUGCUGUGCCCUAAGCAGUUGCUAAGUUCGGUUAUGCCUUGGGCCGGCUCUGGCUAGACUGCAGUCAUUCCCAUCAUAAUAUUUCACUCAGUUUAUUUAGUAUUGACUUGUAGCAAUAAAUAAAUCAGAGUGUCAUCAGAAACAAGCGUCAACAAAUUAAGAGUUUAAAAGUUCUUGAAAAUUAAAAAUAAUUGAAUUGUGACUGUGAUCUUUUUAGGUCAGGUCACAGGUUUAAACCUGUGCGCUUUAAAAAAACAUCACACAGUUCAAUGUGCAAUGUCAAAGCCUCUCAGUAGCCACGUUUACGUGUGCGAAAUUUCUUGAUCCGAUUAAAAAUUUGAGGGAUUGGAUAAUCUGAAUCCACUGUUUACAUGGGCGCAAAAUCAAAUAAUCCGAUCAGUUUUAUUCAGAUUAGAAGAAUUUGGACAUGCACAGUGUUGUCUGAUUUCGCUAAAACAACCGUAGAAGAAGAAGAGUUGUAUUUACGCCUGUGCUGUUCACUCCAUCCAAUUCAGGACUUUUCCCCUGUUAAAUGUUGUCACUAGAUGACGCUUUUACGUACUCAUACUGUUCUGUCAAAGGUAGUUCCGUGCGUGCAGAUGUGACAUCAUUACGCUGUAUGUACGCCUUGUUAUGUUACAGGGGUAGCAGACACAGCACCAGUGUCAAUAAUGAAACCUCCUAAAGAGUGAAGACCAAGUCAGGUUAGAGAGUCAUGAUCGGAAUAAGUGUUUACAUGGACGCGUUUCAGAAUAACGAUCGGCAUAAACCACCCCUCUCGAUCGGAAUACAAUUUUUUUCUGAUUGAGCCGAAUUGGAUCAGAAUCUUCCGAUCAACGUUUACAUGACGCAUUUUUAUUCUGAGCAGACAUUUAUGCCUAUGUAAAGGCAGCUAAUGUAAAGGUUUCAGAGGUGUGAUAGUGGACUGAGUGGCUUCACCAAGAGGCACAGCUUGUAAUCACACCGCUGUCCUCCCCCCUUUACACCUCAGAGGGGUCAGAGGCGGAACCACUUCACCCCCUGAUUGCGUUACACAUGGUUGAUGAGGAGUAACAGGGUUGUAAAUAUCCGUAUGUCAGUGAGCAGAUGCUGUCUGGAGUUCCCUCUGGGCAACAUGAAAUCACACACCGGGUUAUUUGAUGUGAAGGAGAAGUGAGGGUGGAGUUUUCUCACGUCGCGGCUGCAGACUCACAGGGUUCAGCAGGCUGGAGUUGGUAGAGAUGGUCAGAGCUAGGGCUGGACGAUAUUGCCUCAAAUCAAUAUGACGAUAUAUUGAUCAGUUCACCUCGAUAACGAUAAAUGGACGAUAACUUCUACACAAGCUGCUCACCCCCUCCCACAUUAACUCUGUCUACUUCAGCGCUACAACUAUUGAGCCGUCCUCCAUCUCCUCACCUGUCUUUCCCUCUUUGUUACGGACUGGAUGGGGUGGAGUCACGUCUCUGAGGACAGCGUCUUAAAGGGGCAUGAGACCAUAGCCUACCUACACACAUCCAAAACCAACUUUUUUUUACACUGAAUAUAUUGACACGGGCAAAAUGAUGUCGUAAAUUUCGGAAUCGGAAAAUUUUUGGUUUAUCGCCCAGCCCUAGUCAGAGCCAGCACCAGAACCACUGAAUCAAUCACACAUUAGGCCACCUUUAUCUAUCAGAGCAGCGACCAACAUAAUAAAAGUUAGAUAAAAUCUGUGGUUAUGUGUUUUUGAAGGCCAGAGGUCAGUGAUCUAUACAGACUGAAUCUAUGUCUGUGUCUGUGCUGCUGAUAAAGAUAUUGAAUGUCUUUGCUUUGACCCCUGAUCAGAUUGCCUUGGAAACGGAGCGCCUGGGUCCCCGCCGUGUGGACGGCCUGAGGAAGGAGGACGAGGAGUGGCAGAAGAAGGCCCACGCCGCCGUGCUCUCCAUACAGGACCUGACUGUCAAGUUCUUUGAAACCACGACUCGGGCACUGAAAGGUAAACACUCACAGAGGAGGCAUUUCCUCUCCUCUACAGAGCCCCUUUGUCGGCCCUUUGUCUUUACUGUGACCUUUGAACCCCGGUGUUGUGUGUUUACUUCAUGACAAAGUGCAGCGAACACUCCACGUAGAGAUGAUUUAAAACCAUCUCUAACCUCUCACAUACCAGCCUCUCCUUUUUCUGUGAGAAAGUGUUUUAAUCCUACAAAAAAUUUCAGCUAUGAACUAGCAGGAACCCUGUCAGCUGAUUAACGCUAAGGUCACACUUAGCUGGAAUUUUCUGAGUCAGAAGUUCACUUUUAAAAAUAAAGUAACAAAUAAAUAACCGAUAGAGAGUUUAAAGAUCAUAAAUGAGGUUUCCAGAAGUCUUGUUUGUCAUCUUUGUAGACUCAAAAUAGUCGCUAUCUAAUCUCUGAGGAUCAAAAUUCUUCCAUUUCUGACAGUCGUCUCAUCCUGUGUUUCAGCUUUGUACGAGCGAAUGCGUGCGGAUCAGAGGAAGUUUGGAAAGUCGGCGUGGACAGCGGCGGUCGAGCGUAUGGAGCGGCUCCAGUAUGCCGUUUCCAAAGAAACCCUGCAGCUGAUGAGAGCGAAGGAAAUCUGCCUGGAGCAGAGGAAACACAGCCUGAAGGAGGAGGUAGAGUGACUCCAUGACGCACAGCGAUUCAUCACAGCUGAGAGAAACGAGGGCCUGUGAUUCAGAGUGUCAGAGACGAUAACAACAGCAAUGAAAGACACUGAACACUCAGACGUGGAGAGGAUGGGAGGAGGAGGAGGAAAAAAAAGGGAGAUAAUGGUCAUGUUUGAAAAAUGAGCUCAUGGCUCAGACAUCCUGUAAUGGAGGGAAUAACAUCCUGGUGAACAAGAGUGGAGAUGACUCACUGAGAAUGAGUGCAGGGGUCAGAUGAAGUGAAAAUACAUGAGGAACGCAGCCUCAGAUAUGAUCCACAGUAGAAGAAGAAACUCCAGAAUCUACCACACAUGAACUCCUGACAGGUUCAGGAUCAGAUUAGGACACACAGACCCUCUUAUUUGCAGGAUUUUGCCUUCACACACGUACAUCACACCUCUGUUUCUCAGGUCAUGGAGUCAUUUUUCAUCGUGUCACUUCAGAGAGUGUUAGGAAAUAGAUCAAUAAUGUUAUCAGAAGUUAGUUCAGGUCGAGUCAGAGAUAAAAGUCUGCGGAUAAUGCCAGAUAAACAUGAAACAGACAUUUGACCUCCAGUUUACACAGAGGAAUAAUUGUGUUGACUGUGUGUGUUUUUAGAUGCAGAGUCUGCAGGGUGGGGAGGACGCCAUGCUGCGCCUGGACCAGCUGGAGGCGCUGUACUACGAGUUACAGCUGCAGCUGUACGACAUCCAGGCGGAGGUGCUGCGCUGUGAAGAGCUGCUGCUGACGGCUCAGCUGCAGAGUCUGCGCAGACAGAUGACAGGUGAGCAGCCAGGGGUCCUUUUAGAGGGUCAUUAGUGGUCUCUGUCUGUACAGGAAAAUGAUCUGAAUAUUGAUAAUCCAUAAUCUGUCGUUUUGUUGCAUCAGAGCGGCAGGACGAGGUGGUUUACUACGAUGCCUUCGAGAGUCCUGAUGCCAUGAAGGGCGAGGAGGACCCCGCCUCCCCGCCCUCGCCCCUCAGAGAUGAAGAACUCUGCGUCCUGCAGCAGAGGACACGCCAGCUGGAGGCCCGAAGAGGACGCAUCACUGCCAAGAAAGUCUACCUCAAAAACAAGAAGGUACAAGCUGACCCACACAAGACUUAGUGAGUGAACUUUAGUUAGUUCUAGAGUUUUUAUUAAUGAGGUUUUUAUCCUCAACAGGAAAUCUGUAUCGUCAACCACAACCAGAAAAUGCAACAGAGAGAAGGUGACGGGGAUUCUCUGUCAUCACUGCAACAGGUGAGACUCAAAUCCUUCUGAAGAGACUUUAGGGAUCCCCAAAGGUCAGGAAACAGCUGAUUUAUAUGCUACAGUUUCAUUUCAAGCAGAGUUGGUGUUUGAAAAGAGAAACGCUGUCAAUGCUGAAAGUCUCUGAUUCAGAGGAGGUGAAGAUUUGGAUCAGUUUUCCUCUAAAACACGCCAUGGUCACAUAUGAAGGAUCUGAUUUGUUGUUUCCUGUUAAAGGGAGAAGAGGCAGAGGAAGACGAAGCCAAGAGGAACGCCAGAGUGAGUCAGGAGAGGCAGAGGACUCUGGACAGACUGCGCAGCCUCAAACAGGUGUGACUUCUUUCAAACACACGUUAAUGUUACUUUCAAUCAUCAGGAUUAUUUUCGACUUUUUCUAUCCCUAACCCUCGUUGUCGUCCUCACAGCGUUAUCCCGGUCAGGUGACUCUGAAGUCCACCCGUCUGCGCCUGACUCAGCCUCACAGCCGGAGGAGAGGCGUCCAGCAGCCCAGCACCCAGACCACCAGCGUCCAGACCGACCUCAUCUCCGACCUCCCCGAACUCUCCGCCCCUCCUCCGCCCGACUCCUGCGCCUGCGACAGCAUCUCCCUACCGACUGUUGAACUCCAAACUCUGGACUCCUCCUCACCUCACUUCCUCUCUCUGCCUCCCCUCUCAGCCUCCCCGUCUAUUCUCUCACUGGGUCCUCCACCUCCUCCUCCUCCCCCUCCUCCACCUCCCCCACCUCCUCCGCCUCCGUCUUUAGAAGACAAGCCACAGAUGCAGGCGGGUGAGAAGAAUCCCUCAGACAGCCCGGUGCGGCUCCAACCCCACGAGUCUGAACCUUCCUCUCUACCUUUGGCUCCUUUCUCCCCUCGAUUCUUCGACAGCAGUCAGCUGCUGACGGCGAGGAAGAAGCUGAGGAAGACCGCCUCACUGGACUCUUCACAGUGGAGACGAGGUGAGGGGGGAGACUCUCAGUUUGAUAAUCCUGACUGUUGCCUCUUUUGUGGUUCUGUUCAUGAUGUUCACGUUUGUGUGUGUGUGUGUGUGUGUGUCUGCAGCGAGCUCCCCCAUGGACGAGGUCCUGGCGUCCCUCAAACGAGGAAGUUUCCACCUGAGGAAGGCCGAGCUUCGAGUCCUCGCCCCGGACCCAGACGACGACAGCAACAACAUCCUGGCUCAGAUCCGCCAAGGCGUCCGGCUGAGGAAGGUACGGACCCGACCGGAGCAGCAGCGCCACGCCAAGAGCUUCCCCCACUCAGCCGACGCCCUGACCCGCAGCAUCCACGAGGCCCUGAGGAGAAUCAAAGAGGCCUCACCGGAGUCCGAGUCCGAGGACGAAGGCCUCCCCUGCACUGACUGGGAAAACUAGAAACUCUGAUGAAACUUUUUUUCUGGACGUGUGGAGCCAAAAUGAAGAGAAGAGGAAGUCCGGAGCCGGGGUUCGACCACCUGAAAAAACUGUGGUGCAGUUUGAACAAAAACCCUCGAUUUUUUUAUACCAGACAGAAGUUUUUUGAAAUCCUUCUGAAUGUUUGUAAAGACGGACCACUAAUCUGUUUUUUUUUAUGUCGUUGCUGUGGCAUUCUCGGCGAGGAUACAACCUCUAACCUCUCAUUAUGUCAGUCUACACGUCUGAGUUGUACUGUAGCUUGCUGUGAUGGGUUUGUUAUAGGGAGCGAGUGUUUGCUUUUUACAGUUCUCUCACCUACAGCAGAGAACGACCACUGAUAACACUUUAUAUGAAGGCCCUUCAUUAACGCUUAAUAAGCCACUAAAUAUGCCUUAUUGAAAGCUUUUAAACAUCAAGAAGUGUUAAUAACAGCUUUAUUAACACAUUUAUUAUAGGGCACAGAGGCUCUCAUCAGGAACAAUUUAAUUACCUGAUAAAAAGCAUCUUUCAAAACUAAGUAGUAGCUUAUUAAAGUUUACAGAAGUGUUUUGCAUUCACCAAAAAAAACUUUUUUUCAGAGUAUUUUUUUUCUGUUUUUCAGAUUUUUUUUUUCUGUUCUGUUCUUCUGACUAAUUUUUUUUCAUUAUUUUUUUCUUUUCCAUUUUUCAGACAAUAUUUUUUCUCUUUCUCCAGUUUUUUAUUUCUUUUUUGUUUUUCCAGAUAAUUUUUUUUGUUUUUCUGAUUUUUUUCCUGUUUUUCAGACAUUUUUUUUUCAGUUUUUUCUUUUUUUUUCUUUUCUGUUCUUCAAACUAUUUUUUUUUCUUUUUUGUUUUUCAGACUAUUUUUUUGUUUUGUUUUUAGACUAUUUUUUUUCUUUUUCAGACUAUUUUUUUGUUUUGUUUUGUUUUUCAGACUAUUUUUUUCUUUUUUGUUUUUCAGAGUUAUUUUUUUCUGUUCUGUUCUUCUGACUUAUAAUUUUCCGUUUUUCAGAUUUUUUUUCUUUUUUUGUUUUUCAGACUAAUUGUUUUUCCUAUUCUCCGGGAUCACAAUCAUUUAAAAAACAGACACGUUCAUCCCUCUCUGAAUGUAUGAGAUUUUCACAAGAUUUGGAAGUAUCUUGUUAAGUCAGGAAAAAAAAUGUCAGAAAAAAAGAAAGACGAAAAAAAAAGUACAAAUAACAGGAUAAAAAUUUGUACAAAAAACAGAAAGUGGAAAAGUAUUAGUACAAAAAAAACAGAAAGAAAAAAUGUCCAGAAAAACAGAAAGAAGAACAAAAUUCGUCUGAAAAAACAGUAAAGGAAAAAAAAAUACUAAAAAAAAGUUUCCUUUUUGUUUUUUUAAAGUGAAUGCAAUUUACUUCCGUAAAAGUUGAUCACAGGGACUUUAGUAUGAUGUGUUAUACCUUCACUGAGUAUGUGUGUGUGUGUGCUUUACACUUUUACAUUCAACUCUGUGACAACCUUUUACAUCCAACAUGUUUGCAGAAUAGGAGCUCCCACAUCCUUAAAGGUGCAGUUCAACAUUUUGGCUGUAGAUUCAUAACGGACUCAAAGUUACUGCGAAACAAUGAAGAAGCGUCAGGAAAUCAGCCAAGCUGUUGAAGCAUUUUCACCUCUGAGAUUAUAUCAAAGAUGCACAAAGAUAAAGAUAUGUAAAAGUGGAUUAUUAUUAUUAUUGUUAUUACAGCAAGAGAAAGGAGCUUUGGAGGGAGUUAAAUAAGGGGUUUUUCAUUCAUCGAGUGCCCCCUGUUGGGCAGUACACAGUGAGGAGAUGAGGUGAAGUUCCUGUGUUGGAUGAAGAAGUAAAUUACAUCAGUUAUAACAGUUUGGUUUACUGAUUUAGAGUCUUUACAACUUUACUUACAUGAUCCAGAUCUCAUCAAAACUGAACAAAUAGACAUGAUAGGGACAUUCGAGACUUGGAAUGAUUUUAACUUCAGGAGGAAAUAACUAGCUGUGAUAUUUAAUGGUAAGAAAACAUCAUCAGAUCUGCUCAGAGUCAAAGGAAAAAAGACAUUUACCCAAGAGUCCUCAUUUUUGGAGUUUUGGACUCUCUGCAAACAGGAACUUCGAAUAGGAAAUAUAAUGAGCUUUUAAAGCUGCCACGACAUGUGUACAUCUCUCCAAAGCACAAGAGAUUGAAGAGCCUUUAUCAUAUAAUAGGAGUGACAAGAGCCAUUGAUAUUUAACAUUUACUGUAUUUAUUACUCUGAACCUCUGCUCCAGCUGAAGAUGCUGUCGUUUACAGACCUGGAGGAAGAGUUUCUGUCAGGAUCAGAUCCAAACUGACUGUUUACCGCAGGCCCAAACGGGCUUUAAAGGAAGCUCAGCACAGCCGGGCUGGAAAUAUGAAGUACGCUUCUGUAUUUGCUCUGCUGCAGACGGUAAAUCUCCAGGAUGGAGACCCUGUGAGCGUUUUCCAGAUCAGAAGCAGGCUAGCAGAGUUUAUGCUACAGCUAAUACAGCUAUUUCCAAGGAUGUACCAAAGUAUCUGGAACAGAACACUGGAAAUAUGAACACACAAACAGCUGUAGUUUUUUUUUAAAUCAUAUGAGUGAGGAAAAGAGAUGUCAGAUUUCUGCCUCCUCUUCCUGAUUGUGUCAGUAUUUCCAUAAAAUAAUCAGACAUCUUCAAUUCAUACUGACACGAACUCACACAUGAAGAUUAACUUGAAUCUGACUUUUAAUAAUCGGCUAAUUCUCUCUUGAUAAAGUGAUGUGUGGAGAGGAGUUUGGCCAUCCGCCAUUAUAUUAUUUUACCAAUAACAUAUAAAACUCCAGGUUUUUAUGAGUCAAACCCUUAAAUUUCAAAAUAAAAGCCUGGAGAUUUUCGUUUCAAUCGCUUGAAGACAUAAUUUGAAGCAGAAGUUUGAGUUAUUGUUAAAUUGUGGCCUCAGGUAAUUUAAAUAUAAAGUUAAAAAAGAAACGAAACAUUUGGAUGAUAAUUUUUUUAACUGACCACACACUCGGAUGAGAAAAUAACCUCCAGAUUAAUUUAUUCUUAAAAAGACAGUCAUAACCAACUUCACGGGGUCUUUUAGAGUCAAACAGUUAAAGCUUGAAUAUUUAAAGUCUGUCUGCAGGAUAAUUGAGGCUUUGUCGCCCUCUGCUGGUUACUGACAAGCUCACAACAUUCGGUUCAUAUUAUAUUUAUAUUUAUUUUGUUUUAUCUUCAUGUUAUUCAUCUAAAAGAGUCUUCUCUUCUUUUUCCACUGCCUUUUUUCCCCUCUUUUUUACUGGUUGUUGUUUUGAGUUUGGUGUGUAUGUAUGUGUGAUAUUAUUCCGGUCUCACUUCGUGUUAAUCAUGUCAAACCUAAAAACUCACACUGAGGCUUCUGUUUCUGAAAAGUCACACACUGACGGCUCCAUUUAACGAAAAAGUUGGAAACUUUGGGACAUUAUUUGCUUUCUUGUUCUCGUUGAGAGUUGAUGAAGGAAACCAAAAUUUGAUCAAAGAAAAAAAAGAUAGGUCAGGUUUUUUUAACUUUGCUUGGAGCCCGGUUCGAGGUUUCCUGUUUUUAGUAUUAAUGCUAAGCUAACGAACUGCUAGCUUUAGCAUCAUAUUUACUGUUUAGCCAUGUCGGGUGUCAAUUUUCCCGUCUAACUCUCAGCAGGAGAUUGCAAGUAUUUCCCAAAGUGUAUAACUCUUCCUGAAAAGCAGGGAGUGACUUCUGACAUUAAAACAAACUUGCCAACGUUAAAAAAGUGACUCUGGACAUCUUGCAUGAAAAAACCUGUACGUCUCUGUCAUCUUGAGAUGUUUGAUGGUAUUAAAAUCAUGUUUCAGCCGCAGAUGUUCAAGUCAUCAACAGAAACUCCAUCACUGCUCUCUUUAGUUUUUGGUUGAAGCUAACGUCAUGCUUUUUUCUUCUUUCGUUUAAACCUGUAAAACCCAAACUGUAGAUUUCCUCACACCGUUAACAUGACCAAGUUUGACCUUUUAUGACCUUAUGCAUGUGACUGGUUUUUAGGACGAACCCAUCACAACGUAAGUGCAAUAAUUGAGAAGAAAAAGUCAUUUUAUGAAAUAUACUGUAAUGAAAAUGUAAAUCAUGAAAAUAUAUCCGCAUGCCUAAAUGUAUUGAAGUAUUUAUUGAAACUUCAUAUUUUAAAUGAUUUUUAAAGCGUACAAAUGUAAAUGUACUUUUUAAGGUUUUUCUUUUUUGUUGCUUUUUUUUGUUUCCUAUCAUGACAUUCCUCUCGGCUUUCUAUAUCUCAAUUAUAUAUAAAUAUUUUUUUUCCUUUCAAAAUAAAAGUAUGCUCCAAAAUGCCUCUUUUUGUUUGAAGGUACACUUUAUCACAACUCCACUCCGAGUAUCAGGCAUUAAAAAUUACAGUACAGAAAUGAUCAGCCUUGUUCCUGAUGGUCUCGUUCGCUUUUGUAGGUCAUUCAAGGUCAUCACCAUUAAAGGGAUAUUUUGGCGUAAAAUUACGUUAGGGUCAAACACACCGUAACAACGAGUUAGACACCCCCGUCAAGAGACGAAUACUGCCGAAUGCUUGCUUCUCUAGUUAUACCAACUUAAGUAACGACCGCACGAUAGCAAUACACAGCGGUCUCGGGAGCCAUAAACAAACCUCAACCAAAACACCUCUCCAUAGCCACAA